AUGUCUGCUUCUCCUAUCGUUAACAACAAGCUUACUGUUCACAAGCUGAGCUACUACAAUUACACUUCUCCUUUGGAGUUCAGAGAGGUCGAACUCAAGGGAUACUCUGAAACCUCGUUUUUGGGCCCUACUCAAAUUCUGAUCAAAACCAAGGCUUCUUCUUUGAACCCUGUGGAUGUGAUUUUGUACCAGUUGACCCCAACCUGGCUCAAGAAGGAUGUCCUCAAGGGAUUCGGUAGCGACUAUGCUGGUGAGGUUCUUCAGACCGGUUCUGAGGUUAAGGACUACAAAGAGGGAGAUAGGGUCUACGGUGACCUUUUGAAACCAUUUGGUCCAAAUGGUGCCUUUUCCGACUACUUGGUUCUCGAUGUUACUAAAGAGGACAAGAUUGGAAAGAUUCCAGACAACUUGUCUUACCAAGAGGCUGCUGCUCUUCCGAUUGCCUUUGGUACCGCUUACGAGUUGAUUACGAAGAACCAUAACGUGAAGGGCGCCAACGUGAUUGUUUUUGGUGCCGGUACCUCUGUUGGUACUUAUGGUGUUGAGAUUGCCAAGUAUCUGGGAGCUAAGACCGUUCUGGCCACCUGCUCUCCUAAGUCUGCUGCAAAGGCUAAGGAGUACGGAGCCGACGUCAUCGUCGACUACACGAAGGGUGCUGAGCACGAGUACAAGGAAAUCACCGAGUUUGUCAAGAAGAACGGCAAGUUCGACCUCAUUUUCGACAGUUGCAGAGAUCCUGUUUUCAUGGGCCGUCUGAAGGAUGUCUUGAAGACCAGAAAGGAAGGUGGAAAAUAUGUCCAAGUUUUCGGUUCCACCACCAUGGACUACAGGACCGUCACUGUUGCAAGCAAUUUGCCAACCAAGGGAAUCAUGAGAGAGUUGGUGGCUUCCCGUCUGCCAUUUUCCAAGUACGAGUUCAUCUCUGCUUCCAUUUCUGACGGUGGAGACUUCAUCAAGGCUGUGGCUGACUUGAGCGCUUCGAACAAGCUCAAGAUCCCUAUCGACUCCGUCUUCAAGCCUAAGGACUACAAGAAAGCUCUCGACAAGUUCUACUCCGGCUCGUUCAAGGGUAAGCUCGUGUUCGACUUUGAGUAG